AUGCCAUGGGAAGAGCAGGUCCUCACCGCCGUAGCACGCGUCCAUCAUGUCGAAUUCGCCGAUGCUGGCCCUCGCUAUCAUACCAAUAUCCAGCUCGGCGAGCCGGACACGGACACGCCCCAAGUCUUCAUCAUCGAGCAGCCCGAUGUCCCUGCGCUGCGCUACUUUUGGGCCUCGUACGUGACGACACACAAGCACACCUCCUUCCUGCAAUGCCUCGACGACUUCUUCCAGGAUCAGCCGUCGUUCAACUUUACCGAAAUACGGCCCAAGGUGCUGCAGAUACCGUCCGUGCUCGCCAAGCAGAGCCACCUGACGUUUAGCUACGUGCUCGCUCGGCAGUUUGACAAGCCCAUGCGACUUGGCUAUGCCAUGAUCCAGAAGGCGGCCAAGGAGUUUGGGACGUGGCGGGACGACCGGGACUUUGGUCCGAUGAAUCCGGUCCAGCGUCGCGACCUCGCUGGGGACGACCGCUUUUCCGCCGCUAGCACUUACGCGUACCUCGGCCACGGCGUGGUUCGAUAG